AAACGUCAUUCUCCUUUGCUCUUUCUCAAUUUCAUUCAUUCAUUCAUAUAUUCACAAAUCACAAGUAGUAGUCUUUACAAAUUACAUGUAUUGUACACCAUAAGAGUAUAACACCACAUAACUCACUUUCCCCAUCUUUUGUUUUUUGGUUGACUUUACAGCGUGAAUCCCAAGAACAAGUGGACAGAAGGUAGCCUUGGUGGUCCCACUCUUUCUGUUGUGAACAAGCUCAGAAAUCAGAAUCUUCACCCUCUCAAACCAACCAUACUUUGGAAUCAUUUCCGUCUGAUCCUUCUUUGAUACCAAACACACAAACACACAAACACACCUUAUUAGAGAGUUUUUGAGAAAAAAGACAUUUCAAAAAGUUGCAAAAUUUGGACAUUUUUACUCUUUUUUUCAAUUAAAAAAGGGAAUUAAGAAGAAGAAAAAGAAGGGUCUUUUCUAAAAAGUAUUUUUGGGUUGAAAUUAUUAUUGGGAAUUGUUUGUUGGUUGUCAUAAGCAUUUCUGACAAAUUCUAGGAGUUUAUUUUGAUGCUACAUCCACAAAAAAAAGAAAAAGUUCACAUUUUUAAGGACUUUUAAGAAUUUCUGUUUACAGGUAGGCAAGGAUUACAAAAUCUUGGAAAUGCUUAUUCUCUCCAUGAUGCUAUUAUAUCUUAAUUGAUUCUAUUGUGAGAAAGAAUAAGAACAUCAUCUUGUGAUUUGAGUUAGUGGGAGUAUAUAUUGUGUGUGAAGUUUCUUGGAUCUUGCAAGUGAGGUGGGAGUUUUUUUCCUAAUAAAUGGAUGAUGCUGUUUUUCACUCAAAUAUUGCUCUUGGAGCUCCAUUAGAUUCUUCGAUGGAGCUUGAUUACAUGGAUGAGCUCUUACUGGAAGGGUGUUGGUUAGAAGCAGUAGAUGGGUUUAAUUUCUUUCACCAAAACCCUUCUAAUACUCCUGGUGCUUUUUCCGAUUCUUCGUACCUAUGGCCGAUGUUAGAGGUAGCAAACGAAAAAUCGAGCACAAACCCAUCACAGAGAAAUACUCAACAAGUGAGGGAAACUUCAGAUUUGGCUGAUAAUUCAGCUCUAGUUAGCAUAUCUAAUAGCCCGAAUUCGGUUACUAUGGGUAAUGAUACAAGUCAAUUUGAAGGUUCUGAGCUUAAUAAACUUUUGUGGAUCAAACCUAAGGUGAAUACUACAGCAGCUACUGUAAUGGAGAGGUUGAUUAAGGCUCUAAGGUUCAUACAAGAGUCAGCAAACGGGAAGGAUUUGCUUGUUCAAAUAUGGGUGCCAGUUAAUAGGGGAGGUACUAAAAUUUUGACUACUGUGGAUCAACCUUUCUCGGUGAAUUCUAGCAGCCAACAACUUGCUAGUUAUAGGAAUAUUUCUACUAGUUAUGAGUUUGCUGCAGAGGAAGACUCGGGUGUGUCAGUCGGAUUGCCUGGUCGGGUUUUUUUAGGGAAGGUACCCGAGUGGACUCCUGAUGUUCGGUUUUUCAGGGUUGAUGAGUACCCAAGAGUUCCUUAUGCUCAACAGUGCGAUGUGCGUGGGACCCUUGCUCUGCCGAUGUUUGAGCAAGGGAGUAGGAGCUGCUUGGGUGUUCUUGAGGUUGUUAUGACUACACAGAAGAUCAAUUAUCGACCUGAACUCGAAAGUGUUUGUCGAGCUCUAGAGGCUGUUGAUCUUCGAAGUUGUUCGGAAAUUCCAGGUCCUCAGAAAUCUAAGGAGGUUUGCAGUUCGUACCAAGUUGCCUUACCAGAGAUCCAAGAGGUGAUCAAAACUGCAUGUAACAGUCAUGGAUUGCCCCUAGCUCAGACUUGGGUAUCGUGCAUCCAACAAGGCAAAGAGGGGUGCCGUCACUCUGACGAGAACCUUUCAAAUUGUGUGUCAACCGUUGAUUCAGCUUGCUUUGUUGCAAAUCCUUGUAUGCAAGACUUCCACGAGGCUUGCUCGGAGCACCAUUUAUUCAAAGGCCAAGGUGUGGCCGGAAAGGCGUUCAUGACAAAUCAACCAUGCUUCUCGGAAGAUAUAACAAGAUUUUCCAAGACGGAGUAUCCUCUCUCACACCACGCGAGAAUGUUUGGGCUGUGUGCUGCGGUUGCUAUACGUCUUAGGUGUAUCUACACUGGAAAUGCCGACUUUGUAUUAGAAUUCUUCUUGCCUGCAGACUGUAGGGAUCCUGAAGAGCAGAAGAAAAUGCUUACUUCACUUUCAAUCAUUAUACAACGAGUUUGUAGGAGCUUAAGGGUCGUUUUUGAUAAGGAGAUGGUGCAGGAAACUUCAACACCGAAUAACAAAGUGACGGUGAUUUCAGACGAUUCACCAAGGAAAAAACUGUUAAAGGUGGAAAAUACAGUGUCUGGUUCUUCUCAGGAAGAGUCAUGUGGGACGGCUGUUAUUGAGCGAGAGAGAAAUUCCAUCAUCCCGAUGCUUCAAGAACAUCAACCAAGGGACGUGUUGGCUGGGAAACUCUCGAGUCAGCAUCAACAAUACUCGAAUCUGAAGGGAAGUCCAGGGUGCAGUAGUAUGGAUUACUCUGCAUUUGGCGAUGGAAGUUUAUCAACUUCUGGAAAAUCAGGGGAGAAAAAACGAGCCAAGGCAGAGAAAACUAUCACAUUGGAUGUUCUUCGACAGCAUUUUGCUGGCAGCCUCAAGGAUGCUGCAAGGAGCAUUGGUGUCUGCCCUACAACGUUGAAAAGAAUAUGCAGGCAACACGGAAUCAAACGAUGGCCUUCUCGAAAAAUAAAGAAAGUUGGACACUCCUUACAGAAGCUUCAGGUUGUGAUUGACUCGGUUCAAGGUGCUUCUGGUGCUUUUCAAAUCGGUUCAUUCUAUUCGAAUUUCCCCGAUUUGGCCUCCCCCAAUUUCUCAAAUACUAGCCCCUUUUCAACUGCAAAGCAAGAAGAUGAUCCUCCUCAACAAACAAACAAGGAGCUUGAGGGUACUGCUACAUCAAAAUCUCCAUCAUCAUCUUGCAGCCCGUGUUCUAGCUCUAGUCAGUGUUGCUCUUCUGGUACCCAGCAGCAACCUUCUAUAUGGAAUGGUUCAGGUACAGAGGAUCCUCAAGGGGGCAUAACAUCUCAUGUAUGUGUCUUAAAACGAGCAAGAAGUGAGGCCGAGCUCCAAAAUUCGAGUCAUGGAGCGAAAAAUAUCAUUAUGAGGUCUCAGAGCCAAAUAUCUUUAGUUGAUCAUCAUAAUAGUGCUGAUAUUCGUCCGCCCCUUCCGAAAUGCAAUGGCAUGGUCGUUCAAACAAGCGAUUCUUGGAGAGUGAAAGUCGCAUACGGAGAGGAAAAGAUCAGACUUCGCAUGCUUAGGAGUUGGAGAUUCAAUGAUUUAGUGCAAGAAGUAGUUAAUAGAUUCCAUAUAGGUGAUAUGAGUGGUUACCAAUUGAAAUACUUAGAUGAUGAUUCCGAAUGGGUUUUGCUUACAUGUGAUGCUGAUUUAGAGGAAUGUAUCGAUAUAUGUCGAUCAUCUCAACGGCAAACAAUCAAGCUCUCUCUUCAAGUUUCUCAUAGUCAUUCAAGAAGUUCGGUUGCAAGUAAUGGCCACUUGUGACAACCGAUGUAUGUACGAGCUCAAUGUAGGAUCGAAAUCUUCGUGUUUCAAGGCAUUGGUAGCUUCAUAUAGUGAAGGGAAGCAAGAAUAAUCGAGUAAGAGGCACGAUAGGUGAAGAAAGGAGCAUAACCUAUGAGAAUUUUCGUUCUCGGGUAGCUGUUGGAAGGGAUCGCGAGUAGGAGUACAACCAAAUCAUAAUAUUGUUGAAAUUGUAGCAUUUCACUGGAUUUAUGUAGUUUAUAAAUGUAAGACACCUUCAACCUUCAAAGAAUAUAAAAAAUUGAAGCUUAUGGAGGUAUAAAGGUCUUUGGUUAUGAUUUUUAUAGUAUCUUUGCCUGCAUGUUUUUAUUAAGGCAAUGAACCUUGAUAUGUUCUCAGCAAAUUGUACCAUAUGUUUUUCUUAGUUUUUCCUCUUGAUUUUUUUUAAUUCAAACUAAGACUGUAUCAUAUGCUUUCUUAAGAAUGUAAAGUAAUGUUUGCAGUUCUUAAAAGAAUGACUAUACAUGCAUCUUAGUAAGCUUACAUGUUGAUCAA